AUGAAAUUUUCAAUUGUUGCUGCCAUUCUUAGCCUUGCUGCGACCGUUGUUGCCGGACCUGCGCCUCUGUUUUUGCGGGACGGGACAUGCGAUAUCAAGAGUUGUGUCCUUGAUCUUGGACCCAGCGUCCUUGGCUGCGCCUCUGCUAUUGCUCAGCUUGGUGCCGACCCGUUCUCCGACGCCGGCUGCCUCAUCGCUGCGGCCAAGGAUGUGAAGCAGUUUCCACCAUCCUGCAACGGAUGCGCUGAGCAGUUCGGCGUCACGGAGGCCAUCGGCAAGGCCGCCUCCUCCGUCGAAAGUGGCCUCGAAAGCAUUGGCGGGGACAUUGCUGGACUGUUCUAG